UAAACAUUUACUUUUGCUUUGUGAGUUUCAAAAUGACCAUUCACGAAGCAGCUUCAACGAUCAAACCCAAAACGCCGGAGGAAGAGGAAGUGUUUAAAAAUCUGUGGUCGAUACGACCGUGUUACUUAUAUAAUGAGGAGUACGACGACUGCACCAGCAUCAAAGCCCGCUUUCAUCAGUAUUUCAUCCACGGUGAAUCGAUCGACUGCAACCAGUGGAAGCGCGAUUACGACAAUUGCACACGCUUUGAGAAGAAUCCCACCGACACGAAGAGUGCUUUGGAGCUGAUACAAAGUGAGGCGAGCCGGCGGGAGGAACGCAUGCGGGCCCACUACAGCAAUAACGUGUGGACCAAACGCACGGCACCACCCGAAGAUUGGUCAAAACCACUGCCGGAACAUAUGCAAAAGGAGUAUGAAGGAUCGUAUCUCGCUGCGAAAUCCAAAGAACUUCGCGGAGGACCGCACACGGCGGACAGUGAUAGUUUUUCUUGCUCGAUUAUGUGAUCCUUGCUGGUACAAGUAGCUUAGGCAACCCGAAAAUCAAGAAUGUUCUUUCAAAUCUACUUACUCGUC